CACAGCAGACAUGACAGACGACGCUCCAGCAGCCGCCCCCGUGGCCAAAGAGACCAAAGCCCCGAAGGCCAAAGCCGUGAAGCCACCCAAAGCCCCGAAAUCCCCGAAGAAGAAGGCGGCCCAUCCCGCUAAAGUGGGACCUUCCCUCCAGACGCUCAUCAUCGCCGCCGUGACAGAGUCCCAGGGGCGGAAGGGCAUCUCUCUGCCGGCCAUUAAGAAGGUUCUGGCCACUAAGGGCAUCGAUGUGGUUCGCUCCAGAGGCCGCAUCAUCAUCGCGGUGAACAAGCUGGUGACCAGCGGGACUCUGACCCAGGCUUCAGGCUCUGGAGCCUCCGGGUCCUUCAAGCUCACCAAGGCCGCGCCCAAAGUUGCCAAACCCGCCAAGAAAGUGGUGAAGAAGGCGGUGAAAGCAGCCAAGCCCGCCGCCAGGACCCCCGUGAAGAAGUCCCCCAAGAAAGUGGUGAAGAAGUCCCCGAAGAAAGCCGCCAAGAAGCCCGCCGCCAAGAAAGCGACUCCUAAGAAGGCGACUCCUAAGAAGGCUGCCCCCAAAAAGGUCGCCAAGCCCGUCGCCAAGAAGACACCCACGAAGAAGAAGACUCCCGCAAAGAAAGCUGCACCGAAGAAGAAGUGAAGCG